ACCCAAUAUUACAACAUUUAUUAAUAAAUACUUAAUAUUUAUUCUUUCGCAAUAAUAGUUACAUACAAUUUUGUCUCUAAAAGAAAAUUGUAAUUUGUAUAAUUCAAUGCUCAAAUGAAUUAAACUUCUUUGUGGAAGAUGGGGAAAAAGAGAAAUAUUCAACCACCACCUGUACCAGUACCUGGUCGUGUGAAGAUAGAAAUAAAAGAUGAAUUAGGAGAUAAUGAUGUACUUGUUGCAAGAGAUCGUUUAAAAGGUGCUCUGAGAGAAUUACUACAGCAUAGUGAUACAGGAUCAUCAGCAGAUUCAAGUGAAGAAAGUUCUGCCCAAGAUUAUAAACAUUCAAUGAAAAAAAUUGAUAUGUACAGAUCAAAAUCAAUGGGUUUUCAACAACCACGUAAAGUUAGACGCCGUAGACAAGUACAAAUGGAUACUGCAUUUCAUCAUACUUAUGUAAUGAAAUUAUUUGAUAGAAGUGUUGAUUUAGCUCAAUUUCAAGAAGAUACACCGCUUUACCCCAUAUGUAGAGCAUGGAUGGCAAAUCAACCAAGAAAUCCUAAUCUUGUACCAAAAGUACGCAGUCCAAGUCCAGAAAUAGUGAAUGAAGUGAAUAUAAGUAAUAAUAUAUUGGAUAGUAAUGGAGAAGUUCGUGAUGUUUAUUACUUGCCACCUCCACUACCUUGUGAAGAAGCUAUACCUAGAAAUCGUAUACCUUCACCAAUACCUAGAGAAAAAGAAGAAUUGAUUUUAGAUUAUGAUGGACAAACCCUAAAAUCACGAGAAAUGUUGUUGAGAGAACAUAGAGUACAUUGGAAUGCUGUGCGCAAAAAAUGGCAUCAACAAGCACAUAAGAAUGAACUGCGUUUUACGCAAGGUGCAAAUAUACUAAAUACUAUAUUUAAGAGGGCACAAUCAGAAUUUGAGUAACCCAUUAUCUGGUAGAUUGAUUACUAUCACCCAUUGGUAAUAAAUAUAAUUUCAGUUUUAGUGUCAUAUAAAUAUUUUUUUUCGUAUUUUUCUACACACAUUUUAUUUUAUACACAUAAUUAUACCUGUUAUAUACUGUUUGUAGAAAUAUACCUUUUUAUUACAAUAUAAUUAAUAUACUGUAACUAUAUUUUGUUAAGACAAAUGAAUUCAUCUAUGAAAGAAAUGUUAUGACAAGUAAUAAUUCAUUUUUGGAAUAAAAAUUUUUACAGAAUAA